UUUUAUUUUUUUACAAAGAAAAAUAAGUGCAGAGUCAUUGACCAAUGCUCAAGAACUAGAAAAGUAUGAAUCUUGUCAAUCUCUUAUCCUUUCCCCGUACUCUCCUUCAUCUUCACAAGCCCCAAAAGACAAAAAAGAGUACCAUGAGUUCCAUGUACUACGUUAUUCUACUUGUAAUAUUUGUGAUCCCUUCAUGUGUUCUGUCACUUGAAGAGCGCCACAGACUCUGCAGCGAGCCUUUUAGGUGCGGAAAUCAGGCAGAACUCUCGUACCCAUUUUGGAGAAAGGGAAGAGAAGACUGUGGCCACCCGGAUUUCGAGGUCGACUGCGACGGAGAUUUCGCAGAGUUCAACACAUCAUCAUCGGUCAAGCUCAGAAUCCUGCAGGUCGAUUUCCUCGAGUCUCGUACCAUCACGCUUGCAAGAACAGAUUAUCUCAACACUCUGUGUCCGAGCAACCUUGUCAAUGUCUCGCUAUUUAACGAGAUCUUCCUCGGAUACCUUCCCGGCACCGAGGUGCUAACGUUGUAUCACGACUGCCGGAAUUUUUCAAGCUUUUCUCCCGCUGGUUAUAUCGGGGAGCUUCCUUGUGAAUACGAUGAUGGAGGGAAAGGUUACUUUGUCACCAGGAACAUCUCGUUGCCACUUCUUGAUGGUGUCAGAGCCAUGUUAAAUGAAUUCACUCGGUCGUGUAAGAGCGUCGAUAUUCCCGCGUCAGGGCCUGCGUUGGUCGCACUGCAAGAGAGUCCAACUCCACAGAAUUUACAGAAGGCUUUCGAUGAAGGUUCCGGGCUUAUCUUGAACUACGCUACUUGCGAAGCAUGCCGGGAAAGUGGCGGUGCUUGCGGGUAUAACAGGACGACGGAAGCAUUCGUCUGCUAUUGUAUGAAUGAAUCGCACGACCGUACCUGUGAUUCGGGGAAAAAGUCAGGGCUUCCCAGAAUAGCGGAAAUUCUCAUAGGCAUCAUUAUAUCAUUUGCUGGGACUGUAGUUCUGCUGGCAAUGCUGGCAUUCUGUGUUAAAAAGAGAAAAGCACUAUCAGCUCACCGGAGAAGUCAAAAGCUGAAGGAGCUUAUACCGCUGAAGCAGUACAGCUAUGCAGAAGUGAAGAGAAUUACAAAGUCAUUCAGUCACGUGGUCGGGAGAGGAGGGUUCGGAACUGUCUAUGGAGGAAACCUACCCAAUGGGCGAAAGGUCGCUGUAAAGAUCUUGAAAGAUUCAAAGGGGGACGGCCAAGAGUUCAUCAACGAAGUCGAGAGCAUGAGUAAGACAUCUCACGUUAACAUUGUUUCUCUUCUCGGAUUCUGCUACCAAGGAUCGAAAAGAGCCAUUAUAUCCGAGUUUUUGGAAAACGGGUCUCUGGAUAAGUUGAUUUCGGGCGAGGCCUUUCCUACCGACUGGAGAACGCUGUAUGAGAUUGCACUAGGUGUUGCUCGAGGUCUGGAGUACUUGCACUAUGGCUGCAAGACAAGGAUUGUGCAUUUUGACAUAAAACCCCAGAAUGUGCUUCUGGACAAGAAUCUCUGUCCGAAAGUUUCAGACUUUGGCCUUGCCAAGCUUUGCGAGAACAAAGAGAGUAUCCUGUCAAUGCUCGAGGCGAGAGGGACAGUAGGUUACAUCGCCCCCGAGGUUUUCUCGAGAAUGUACGGGAAAGCGUCUCACAAAUCAGACGUGUAUAGUUAUGGAAUGCUGGUUCUUGAGAUGAUCGGAGCAAGAAACAAAGAAAGAAGUAAAAACUCUGCAUCUAACACAAGCUCAGUGUACUUUCCGGAUUGGAUCUAUAAGGAUAUCGAGAAAGGGGAGUGCACGGGGUUUCUUGAGGAAGAAAUAAACAGAGACGAGGAAGAGAUUGUGAAGAAGAUGAUGAUGGUGUCUCUAUGGUGCAUUCAGCCAUUCCCAUCGCAUCGGCCGCAGAUGAACAAAGUUGUGGAGAUGAUGGAAGGAAGCCUUGAAACUCUCCAAGUACCUCCUAGGCCUGUUUUGAAUCAUCCUUCUGCUCCUUUUUCAGAAUCUCAAUGGCCUUCAGAUGGCAGUUCAAGCUCCUCAGAUAUAUAAUCCAUGCAAGCUUCGAUGCAGUUGACUGUAAACAUAUCUUGCUGAUGGAAUU